AUGCCAGAAGACAAACCACAAGGUAAAACAAUAGAAGAGUUUUUUGCAGAAAUUGAUCUCGAUAAAGAUGGUUCUGUUAAUGUUGAUGAGUAUUUUAAUGGUGUUAAAAUGUGGAGAAAUGAUAUUACUGAUGAUGACAAACCAAGUCAAGCUCUUUUAUUCCAUUUAGCUGAUUUAAAUGAUGAUGGAGAAAUAGAUAUUAGGCAGUUUGCUCGUUUAAUUGCUAUCUUAAAUAGGGGGUUUGGUAAAGACAUUAAGUCUGUUUUUACUGCAGUAUUUAGAUUGUUGGAUAUUAAAGAUCAAGGCAAAAUUGGUGCUCCAGAACUAGAGCGUUUAUUAAAGAAAAUGGGACUUCAAAUAGAGUCUGAUGAUAUUGAAGGAUUUAUGGAUCAAGUUGAUCAAGAUCUUGAUGGCUUUAUUUCAUUAAAAGAAUUUUUAGCUCACUUUGUAAAGGAAUCAAAGGAUGGACAAUAA